AUGACAAUCAAUGAUUUACCAAAUGGAUGCAUUGAACAUUUACUUGAUACUUUAUACAAACAAUGUAAUUCACUUCUUAUUCAACAGGACAGUAUUAUUAGUCGUCAUCAAACUGAGACAAGUACACCAACAACCAGUCCAACCAAUCCAAUCAGUCCGACUAGUUUAGCUAUAACUACUGAUUAUCAUGAAAAAUUUUCAAUAAUCUCUGAUUAUUUAAAUUGUCUUAUUAAAUUAGUAUGUUUAAUGAGCAGAAAUGAUACCAUACAACAAUUGAUCAUUGAACAGAAUUGUACACAUCAAAUUUUAACAAAUCUCUUGAAAUUGACUUGUCAUUUGAAAAAUUUAGACAAUUUAAAGUUGACAAUUGAUUUCAUAGAGAUUUUAUAUGAUCCUUAUGGGGUAUGGAAACAAUGGAGAUCGAAUUAUUAUAAUCGAAAAUUUGAAAAUUUACAAUUUUUCACUUGUUUAUCUACGCUGUCAAGCGAUUCAUUGAAUUAUAUUCAUUCAAGUAUAAUUGAUUUAAUUAAACAAAACAUUGAAAAUGCAGAAAUUCAAAUUCUUCUCAUUAAUGCUUAUUGUUAUAUAUCAGUUGGAUGUUUUGGUUUUAUACAAUACAAUGAUAUACAUGAUUUAUUUUCAUUGAUCAAUGAAUCAAAUAAACACUCGUCUAAAUCAUCAUCAUCAUCGUCGUCAUCAUCAGUACCGUCAGAACAACGGAAUAUUCACCAUGAUGUUGUGAAUGAACAGGAUACAUUUAAACAAACUGGAAUCAAUAUACAUAAUCUUCAUAAUUUAACCACAUCUGAUAAAACUGACAUUUUAGAAAUUGAUCGAAACAGUGUUGUUAUAUCAAGUUUCUUAUUAUAUGGAUUUAGUUUUCAAGAGUCAAGUAUGAUCAAAUUAAAAUCUGCUGUGGAUCAAUUUCGUUCUGAUAUUGCCAGCAAAGACAAUCUUUCCACCAUUGAUUUUUAUUAUCAAAUUUUAUUGAUACAAUUAUCUAGUCGUAUAAAAAUUUGUUAUCAACAAGAACACCAACCGGAAAUCCCCUUGUUAUUCAAUAUUCAAUCCAAUAAAUAUCAUGAUGAUGAUGAUAAAUAUUAUCAAUAUUACUUAUCAUUCUUAGCUUCAAUUCAUUUAAACAAAUCAUUAAUUCAUUAUUAUCAAGAUUCAAUUAGUGUAGGACAAUUCAAAGAGGAGGAGAAUACACCAUUGGCUAGUAGUUUCCCAAUAUUAUCUUGUUUGACAAAACGUUUAUCAAAUGAAUUUUAUCAAAAAUUAACAGAAUAUUUACAGGAUUUAUGUAAUUCAGUAAUAAAAUUAGAAAAUAAUUUUUCCGUAUUGAUUACGAUUGGGAAAAGUCUUUUAUGUUGGAUUUUUGAUAUUCUACCAAUAUUUAUUGAUUCACAAUUAAACAAUCUACUUGAUCAACAUUAUAAUUAUGAGAAGAAUAAUUCACAAAUAUUCACCACUCAAUAUCGUAUUAUUCAUUGUGAUAUUUUAAUUAUUUUAUUAAAUUGGAUUAUUUAUCUGUGGAAUAAUUAUUGUCAAAUUAAUGUACAUUGGCCAAAUAAUGAGAAUGUUUUUCAAUUUAUUCAUCAGAUUUUAAAAAUCAUUAUGUAUUGUACAAUAUUAAAUCAUGAUCAUAUUGGACAAUUGAAUAAAGCACAUUGUUGUCAAUCGGGACUGAUACAUUGUGCAAUCAUACCAAAUAUUAUGAAAUUAUGUGAAUUGUUAAAGUGUCAAUUUGAUAUGUUGAAUAAUAAUAAUAAUGACACUAGUAUUGAACAAAAAAUUGAUUUGGAGGAAGUGAAACAUCAUUAUAUUCAAACAUUGAAAAUCUUCGAAUUAUUUUUAAAAUUACUUCAAUGUUUAGGUGAAUUUUCAAUGUCAGCUUCAGAUUUAUCAGAUUUUUUAAAAAUGUUACGUUCAGAAUCUGUUCGAUUAUUUUCAAGUCGAAUAUUACAAGUACUUGUAAAAAUUACACAAAAUGUUCAAUUAAAUUUAACACCAUUACCAAACUCUGGUUAUUGGUUUCAAUUUAGUCAACCACAAGAUAGUCUUCUUGUUUUACCAGUCGGACCGGAACUGGGACAUUUAAGCAAUGAUCAAAAUAUCAGUACCACAUUUGAAUAUUCAUCACGUUUAAUGAAUAAUUCAUUGUCAACAGAUUUAAGUUUACAUUUUUGGUUAUCGAUUGAUAAUCUGCUGUCAUCAUCGUCAUCAUCAAUCAAUAACAUGGAUAAGUUGCAAACAAUCAAUCCGAAACGUUAUUGUCUAUUUCGUUUACUGUGUACAAAUGGUAAUGGGAUGGAGAUAUUUUUUACAAAAUAUGGUUAUUUAGUUGUGGCUGUCUCAACACAAGAUUGUUUUAAUUAUGUUGUGACAUGUGGACCAAAUAAAUUGACACCAUGUGAAUGGCAUUCUGUCGCCAUUGUAUUCUGUCAUUCUCGACGUCUGUUAAUGAAUAGAACUAUAUUGAAAGUAUUUAUUGAUGGGAAUCUAUGUUAUUCCGGAGAUUUUCCUCAUCCAAAAACAGAUGGAAAUAUUUUCAUUCUACACAUUGGUGGAUGUCCAAAUUGGGUCAAUCAAAUGAUCGAUAAUAAAUUGGCCAACAAUUUAAAAUCCAAAACUGGUCGACGUAAUGCUGUCAUAUCGAAACAACAAAAUUUUGGCAAACAUAUCUACAUGACACGUGAAACUGUCUCGGUAUCAUCAAGUUCACCAUCUUUGUUAAUUCAUGACCAAUUAACCAAUCAUCAACAUCAUCAUCAAACUGGUUUAUUUUCUCAACAACUUGAUAUUGGGAUUGUGCAUAAAGUUGAUCAUGGCAAUGAAUAUUUAUUAUGGGGAAAAAUUAAUUCAUUCCAAGGGAAAUUAAUUUCGUGUGUUAUGUUUAAUGAAGCUAUAUCGGAUAGUGUAUGGCAAACAGUUACAUCACUUGGUCCUUGUAAUUUAACUUAUCUAUUGGACAAUGAAUGUUAUCAUGUAAACAAUUUGAAUUCAUACACUACUACUACUACUACUAGUUCAAACAUAAAUAAUGAUAAUUCUUCUGGAGGAAAUUUAUCAAUGAUGAAUUUAUCAAAAAUUAUUUUUUAUUAUCAUGCUAAAUUAGUUGAUUUAAACAAUGCGAUUUGUUUAGAAUUAAGUAGUGAAACACUUGGUUUAAACAAUUCAUUUGAAUGUGUUCAUUUAUUACCAUCACAUAAACAAAUUGAUAAUCGUUUAAUUAUCAAUGAACAUUUUUAUCAAAAAUAUUUAUGGUUAAAACAUAUUAAUUAUAAAUGUAUGAAUUUUGGUGGUCUACCAGCGACUAUAUUAGGUCCAGAGCGAUUAGAAACUAUUUUAAUCAGUGAUUCAAUCAAUCAGAUUGGUGGGCUAGGUGUCCUGUUGCCAAUUCUAAAACUUUUACGAUCUUUUCCAUCAAUCAAUUAUGAAAAUGCAUUGAAUAGAAUUUCACCUUUGAAUAGUAUUACUAUUGAUAAUAAUCAUAAUGCUGAUUUGGGUAUGACAGAUUUAUUUAUUAUUGCUUAUCAACAAUAUAUUUACGAUUUAAAUCUUGUCUACAAUGAAAUGACAAGCAUGAAGCCAAUUGUAGUGACAAAGAAUCAAUCCACUAAAGAAUAUCGUUUACGUUCUACAUCAGUUUCAUUGAUCACUAGUGGUGGUACUCCUAGUGGUAGUAGGAGUAGUAGGAAUAGUGUGAGUAGUGCGAGUCGUAGUGGGAGUGGGAGUGGUACACCAGAAUUGAAAGAUGAACGAAGUUACUCGUCCGGUUCGAUUGUAUUUAAUACUACUUUCAAUAGUAGUAGUAGUAUAGCUAAUGUAUUUAUAAUUUUGCGUAAUUUAAUCUUAUCAAAACCAGAAAAUCGUACACAAGUAUUAUGUCCAGAUUUUAUGUUACCACUUCUGUAUCUUUUAAAAAAACUUCAUCCAUUACGUUGCAAUUCAUUUACAGUUACAACAAUUCAUGAUUUUAUUCGUGUACUCAUGAAUUUACCACGUAGUAGUAGUAUUAGUAGUAGUAGUAGACAAUCAGUAGUAUCUGUAAAUCGUCUGCAAAAUUUAUUCGCAAAUCAAACAAAAUCAGAAAAUAUCCUGUUUCUCAUUUAUCAAUUAUUAAUUGAUUGGGAUUUAUGGUUAAAAUCUAAUUGUUUAGUGAUUUGGAUACAUUUACAAAAAUUAUAUCAAUUGAUUACGGAUCAUCAUGAGCCGAAUCAUAAUUACUAUUAUGCAUGUCAUGAUUUAUUAAAACAAAUAUCGAUCGAUUCAUUGUUAACAUCCCUUGUGAAAUAUCAUAAUCUUUUAGAUUCCUGUUUAAAUCAUCAAUCAAUCACAUUGUUAUCAUUACAAAUGACUGAUAUGAAAUUACAAUGGCCUACAAUAAUCACCACUACUAAUACCACUAAUAGUAGUAGUACAAUCAAUGAUAUUCAUCAAUAUGAAUUAUUCAUUUCAAAACAAAUUAUCAUACAAUUUUGUAAACUGAUCAAAAUUAAAUUAAUACCAAGAACACAAAUGAAAGAUUUAAUGAAAAUAAUUAAUUUCCUAAUAACUUGUCCAAUUAUUUUAUUGGUGAAAGAUAUUAUUAACGUGUUAGAUGAUUGUUUUAGCCAACCUCAAUUCAAUGAUCAAUUCAUUUUAAUGAUUUAUGAACCAAAUUUAAUUGUAAAAUUGUAUAGUUUAUUAUUUAAACCAAGCUAUCAAGUGGAUAUUGAAACUAAAAAGCUAACUUUAAAGUUCAUUCAUAAAUUAGCUUUAUCUGAUCGAGUAGCAGAUAAGUAUAAACAACAAUUAUUUCUUAAAGAAUGGGGUGGUUUCAGUGCAUUAUUCAAUAAUAGUCAUGCCAAUAUAUCAAUAUUAAUUCAAGAUUAUGAAAUUGUCCAACUAUUUUUGGAUUUCAUGAAAGUUGGUCCUUCCUAUGAUAUUUUUGGAUUUUUAUGUUUAUUCGAUUUGCUGCAAAAAAGUCCAGUGAAAUUUCGUUUGACAGCAAUCAAUACAUUUAUGAAUAUUUUAAAUAAAUCACCAAAAUAUGUUAUUGACAAUUUAAAUCAAUGCUCAUCAUUUGUCGACUCAUUUUUUCGAUUAUUGUGUAAAUCUCCAAGACGAAGUGUUGAACGAAUCGAACAAAUAUCAAUAUCACAAUUCGGAUUAGCUGGAAUUCAUUUACCACAAAAACAUUUGAGUGAAAUUCAUUCCAAGGAUUUACCAUCCAUCGGUGAUUCUGGUCAUGGUAGUUCAAUAAUUUCACAAAGUGAAGAGUUCUAUUCACCAACUCAAUCAUUACCAGAGAGUAAUUCAUCAAGGCUAUCUUCUUUGUCGAAUAGUGAAGUAGAUUCUGUUUUUCAUAGUCCACCUUAUGAUCGUAUAUCUGAUCAAAUGAAUUCUUUCAAAGAUACCAACCAGUUAGAUUCAUCACAUAGUUCAAAACUUCAACGAAAUUCAACUAAUAUUUCAGAUCAAGUUAGUACAACAGAUCGACAACCCGUUUCUGAUUUACAACAACAACAACACCAAACUACUGAUAAUACUGAAUUCAGUAGUAUAAAUACGUCGCAACAAAAACUACUAGAAAAUGAAAUUCUAGAGGAUAAUUUAACUCAAUCAGUACUUAAAUGUGUACAUGAAAUCCUUUGGAUAUCUAGUCAUUUAGAACGUUGGCAUUUGAGUACAACAAUUACAAAUGAUGAUCCAUGGGUGGGUUAUUACAAAGCUAUGGUAUCAUUUAUGGAAAUGAGCAAUCAAUUCAUUUUAAUUAAACCUGCAUUUUGGAUAAUUCAACGAUUAUUUGAAUUAAUUAUUUCUUCAUUGGAACAAUCAUUACCAAAUUAUAAUCAAAAUUUAUUAUUUCCAGGUGCAGUGGAUGCAGAGAAAGUUCGUAAAGUUGUUUAUUUAUUCAUGAUAUUUCUGGUCGAUACAAUUUGUAAUCAUAAACAUCUGAUCGAUGAUCAAUAUCGAGAGGAAUUAAUCCGAUCAUUGACUAAUUUAUUACAAAAUUCUUUAUUAAUAUGGGAAUUAAAUGUAACACAAUGGAAAGAAAUUCAUCCUCUUAUGAUUUAUUUCAUUUUUUAUUGGAUUCUUCAUUUAAACAACAACACCAACACCGCCAAUAACCAUAAUUAUCAUUCGUCACAUGUUCAAUUAUUGAUUUAUUUAUUCAACCAAUUAUAUUAUAUUCUAUGUCAUUUCAAUGAAUUAAACAAGCCAUCUUCUAAUGUGGUAAUUGCAUUUUUUGUGUAUCAUUUGGACAAAGUCAUUGAAACAUGGUCAAGAGUUGAUGAAUUCCAAACCAAGGUAGAUGAUUUCCACAAAAGAAAAGAAACGAGUGAAACUUCCUAUACUCAACCUUCCAAUAACGAAAAAGAUAUGAAUCAACGUGUUCAGUCUGUGAUCGAUUCCCGGUCAGACAAUUCAUCACAAACAAGUUCUGAAACACAAAAUCUAUGUUUACAUUUUAAUCAAAUUAUGUUUAAAAUAUUUACAGAUCAUAGUAAAUCAUUAGAACUAUACAAAUGGACACCUAAUUUACCUAAAAUGACAUCAGAUUUUCUUGAAAAAUUUAAAGUUUACCGUUCUAUACCACAAGGUGAAUGGCAAUGUUUUCUUGAAUAUCAACUUCAACCAAUGGUUGAAUCUUAUACAACACAAUAUAUCACAAAUAUGGUCUCAACUCAACAUUUUUGUCAUACAAAAGCUAAUCAAACUAUACAACAAUCACGUCAUUUACAUCAACGUUAUUUAGAUAAUAUAUCAUUUCAACUGAAUGCUUAUUUAUUUCCAAAAUUAAUCAAUGACAAUGAUUCAUGCCGUCUAAGUCCAAUGAAUUUGGUUGAUACAGGAAGUCAGCAUUUUUUACCGCCAAACACAACACCAACAGCUCCAACAACAACAAUAAAACAACGUUCUGUGUCAGUAAUGAAUACGAUUGAUCAAAAAUUUCGUCGUGAUCGAUUAUCGACUGUGAGUAGACAAAUGCGUGAAGAAGAAAUGAAUGACAAUUAUCGUUUCAUUGAAAUGGAUAGGAUAAAUCAACAAACAACUUAUUGGCAAGCUUUAUCUUAUCGAUUAAUGUCCACAUCAUUUAGUGCUCCAUGGUUUAUAAGCUAUACAAAAAUUAAACAUUGGCGUUUAUGUGAACUGGAGACAAUUUGUCGUAUACGACCAAAAUUAGAACCAAAUAUCAAUUUCCAGUUACAUUUAGAUGCUAGUGCAGAAAGAGAUGGUUUAACAUUGGCUAAUUUUAUCCAACUACGUAUGAGACCAGUUUCAUUAGAUGAUCGAACAUUAUCCACUGGUAAUUUAUCAAUUUAUCAAUCGUCUUCUACACUGAGAGCAUCAUCAAGUGAGAGUAGUUUAGAACCAUUACAAUAUGAUGAGAGUAAAGUGGAGAAAAUUAGAAAUGAUUCUGAAAAACUUUUAUUCAUGAAACAUAUUAUUAAACAUCCUCCAUUGUCAAAUCAAUCAUCUGUAGAUGAAAAUGAUGUUGAUGUUGGAGAUGAUGAGUUGGAUGAUGAAGAAAUUGAUUAUGCCAAUGAUCAUCGACGUGGAACUUUAAUACCAGAUGAUUCAUUGAAGACUCCAAUAAUCUUAUUCAAUUCUUCAGACAUUUCAACUAAAAAUCAAAUCACCAGCGAUUUAUUCAUUCCAAAUAAAUUGAAAACAACAUUUCAAGAUAUUGAUGAUCAGAAAUCAUUUUUAUUAUCUAAACAUGAUUCAAAAUCCACACUACCAUCAUCCCCAUCAUCAUCAUUAUCAUCAUCAGUGAACCAAUCAAAUUCUUCUUCCAAUUCCGCCAUGUUGUUCAAUGAUCAAUCUCAACGUUCAGUGGUCAAUAAUUAUUUACCACAAACACAAAAAGGCAAAGGAAUUCUAUUGAGUGUUAAUGCACAAUUAAUUUUUGCAUUGAAAGUUGUUGAAGGCAUAUUAACAUUAACAUCGAAUCGUUUAAUAUUUGACGCUUCCAUUGAUAAUUUAAUCGCGGGUAAUUAUAGAAAUAAUUCAAUCAGUUCUAGUAAUACUACUAUUAAUACUACUGCUGCUGCUGCCAAUGCGAUUCAAUUAUCGAUUCCGCCUGGUUAUAAAAUUAUUAAUGAAAAACUUGAUGUGAAUUCAACACAAAAUGAUCAUUUUCGACAUGUGAUUUUUAUUCGAUACACUUGGUCAUUAGCUAAACUAUGCGAAAUACAUUUGCGUCGUUAUAAUCUACGUCGUUCAGCAAUUGAAAUAUUUUUUGAAAAUAAUACUAAUUAUUUUUUUAAUUUUGAAACAAAAAUUCGUAGUAAAUUCUAUUCAGUCUUAAUGAAUUUACAAUUACCAAGGUUAACUUAUUAUAAUCAAGGUCGUAAUCCUAGAGAAACACUCAAAUUAUCUGGAUUAACUGAACGUUGGGUUAAUAGAGAAAUAUCUAAUUUCGAGUAUUUAAUGCGUUUAAAUACAAUAGCUGGUCGAACGUUUAAUGAUUUGGGUCAAUAUCCUGUGUUUCCUUGGAUUUUAGCCGAUUACACCUCAUCAGAAAUAGAUUUAUAUUCAGAAAAAACAUUUCGUGAUUUAUCACGACCAAUUGGAUUAGCUAAUCCAAAAUUUAUUAAUCAAGUUAGAGAGAAAUAUAAUUCAUUUGAAGAUCCAAGUGGUAUAAUGCAAAAAUUUCAUCAUGGUACACAUUAUUCAAGUGCAGCUGGUGUAUUGCAUUAUCUUGUCCGGUUGGAACCAUUUACAACGUAUCAUGUAAAUUUACAUGGAAAUAAAUUUGAUGUUGCCGAUCGUCAAUUCUAUUCCAUUCCAAAUGCAUGGCGUUUUAUAUUAGAUAAUCCGAACGAUAAUAAAGAACUGAUUCCGGAAUUUUUCUUUCUACCGGAAUUUUUACGAAAUAGUAAUAAUUUCGAUUUAGGUUAUCGUCAAUCCAAUCAAAGCCGUAUUCAUGAUGUGGAAUUACCGAAUUGGGCUAAAACACCGGAAGAAUUUAUACGUAAACAUCGUGGUGCAUUAGAAUCGGAUUAUGUUUCGGCUCAUUUACAUCUAUGGAUUGAUUUAAUAUUUGGUUAUAAACAACGUGGUCCAGAUGCAGUUGAAGCAUUGAAUGUAUUCAAUUUUGUAACUUAUGAAGGUGCUGUUGAUUUAGAUAAAAUUACAAAUCAAUAUGAACGUGAAGCAAUGGAAAGUAUGAUACAAAAUUUUGGCCAGACUCCAAGUCAAUUACUUAAAGAACCACAUCCAAAACGUUUAACCUAUUCUGAAUGGUUAUCUACAUUGAUCAAUCAAUACAGAUUACCAGUCCUAUGUUUAUUGACAAAUGCCGCCAAUUUAAAAACUGACCCGAUCAUAUCAAAACACAAUUUGUCAAUCGAAUCAUCGUCAUCAUCAUCAUCACCAGCUGCUACUCAUCAACAAGAUUCAUUUGAUCAACCAAUAACUACUAUUACUUCUACUACACCGAAUAGUUUGAAAACAACAAGAUUUUUUCAACGAUUUCUAUCUGAUACGAUAUAUAAUAAUAGUAAUACUAACCAAAAUACUGAUACAACAAAUUCCAUAUGUCAAACGCAUACAACAUUGAGUGGUGAUAAAUUACAAUUAUCCAAACAAAUAUGGUGUGAUGAUUUAAGCUUUCCGCAAUUUAAUGAUGAUUACAACAAGAAAUUUGGUUUAACUAUUGAAACAUUGAAUUUGACUAACGCUACACCGACACAAUUGAAUUCAAUUUAUCUCGCCAUUAUUCCAGCAUUUUGUUGUCCGUCGAAAUUAGAUUUAACUAUACCGAAUUCUUUAAAUCCUGAUAAAUUUUACUCAGAUAUGAUACGUUCACCGACAGUUAAUUUGAAAACACGUCUAUUCUCUACAAGUAGUGGUAGUUCGUCGAUGUUAGCAGCGGUCGCUGCUUCAGCUGCGACUGCCACAGGAUUUAUGACUAGUUCAACAUCAUUGUUAUUUGACAAUGAUAUUACAACAACCACAACCACAACAAAAUUAUCGCCGUUAUCGAAAAAAUCACCAUCAUUGUGGGAUCGAUUAUCUUCAGCUGUUUUCACUGUUAAUCGUAGAGGUAUAGUGAAUCGUUAUUUUUGGAUACCAACAUCAGAUAAACAGCAACCAAUGGGAAAUGAUGUUGAUCGGACAAGUGAACCACUUGAACAAUAUAAUUUAUGUUAUGAUUCUUAUCGUACAACACAACAUGGUUCUAUUGGACCACUUGAUCAAUCAUGGAUUCAAUUUAUUCAAACUAAACAAUCUUCCCCAACUUCUAAUAAACUUGAUGAAAUAUUUUGUUUAAAUACACAACCGAAAUUUGAACAUACUUCACAAAACAACAUUAUCGGUGCACAAUUAUUCGCAUUGACUACUGACAAUAAAUGGUUAUUUGCUGGUGGACGCUGGGAUGGACGUUUAACCAUUUACAAUAUGCAUAAAUCCCAAAUUAAAUCCAUUCUAACUAGUCCACAUUUACAAACUAUCAGUUGUGUUGCUAUUGAUUCCGCUUAUAAUUUAAUCGAUCAACAAGCAUUCAGCGCUCGUCGAGAUAUGAAUGAUGAUGAUGAUGACACUGUGGAGAAAAUCAAUAAACCUACCAGUUCCAACCCGCGGGAACAAAAUCCCAUACGAACACGAUAUAUCAUAACAGGUAGUUGUGAUGGGACAUGUGCAAUAUGGGAUUUUGAUAUAUUAGAUCAAGAACAAGACAAUGAAGAUCAUCGUGUAAAUGAUGGAGAUAAAGAAUUAACCGAAUUUCAAUAUGAUGAUUCACCUUUCAAUGUCAUCAAACCAUUCAACAAUAAUAAUAAUAAUGUAUUUUUUGGCACUCAAGGUCAUCAAUACAACCAAGGUGAAAUUCAAAGCUGUCCGCCACAGUGUACAAUUUCCAUUGAAAAUAUUGAAACAACUGAUCAUGAACAAUUGACAAUUGAACAAAAUGUACCGCGUAAAUUAUUACAUCAUAAUUUUUUCUAUUUACCACGAAUGGAUUAUAGUGUCCAGUAUAAAAAUGCCGCCAUACCAUUUUAUCCUUUUAAUGCAUUCAUAUCAAAUCAAUCAAAAUUGAAACCAUUAGCUAAAAUUAUUAAGUUUUUUCAUGGGAAUGCCAAUGGUACACCGGUCAAAUGUGUAGCAUUGAAUAUGACUUUAGACACAGCAUUGAUGGCAACGAAUUUCUGCAACGAGAUUUAUUUAUUCAGUGUCAAAUUAUCAAAUUGGUCACGUGUACUACAGUUGGGCAGUAAUUCCCCGUGGAAUACAAAUGAUUUAUUCUUUCCAAUUGAUAAAUAUCCCAAUAUAUCGAAUGAACAGUAUUAUUAUUAUUCUAUACAUCAUUUAUUAAUCGCGCCAAGAUUAGGUUUGAUCUAUGUUCAAUGGAAUUAUCAUUCACAAUUGAACGUUAUCAAUAAAAAUCAACAAGAGAUUGGACCAAAAUUAAGUUUAUUCAAUUCAACAGGUGAGAAAUUAACGGAAAUCUCCUUGCUAACAUGUCUCAAUUCUGACAAUGCUGAUAGUAAUCAUUUGACUCAGGAUGAACCGAAUCAAAUUCUUGUUACACGUUUACUCCUUACUUCAACACCAAUUUUAUCAAGAGAACAAACUAUGCAAAAAGUCAAUCAAUCUAAUCGUAUUAUUUCGAAACAUUUACUAUUAUCAUUUAAUACUGGAGAUUUUAUAAUUCUACUAGCUGAAACUUUAACACCAAUUUAUCAUGUGAAAUUAGAUGAAGGCAUUACAGAUUUAUCGCUAGUGUCUAAUUUGACAAUGAAUGGAUAUUUUAUUGAAGGUGUUCAAUUAAUGGCUUCACUGAGUAAUAAUCGUUUAGCUAUUUUUCAAACUGUACGCGAAAAAAAAUCCCUAAUAAAAACAAAUAAAUGCUCAUAA